ACCGUCUUGUACAAAGUUGAAUAAAAAGCCACAACUGGGGUGUUACUGAUUUUUACUUCUUGCGAGAUGAUGAGAAAGGUCUAUCUGCUUUGAGCGAAUUGUUGCAUGGAGUACAAAUCGUUAUGCUGAUAUCAAUAUCGGUGCUGUCGAGGCCGCUAAAUUUUCUGCUGACUCAUCCCGGCAUGUGUGCUGAAUACCUUUCCACAUUCUUGUUAUUUGCAGCUGUCCUCUCACUGGAUCGUCCAGUUGUAUACGGGGAGGGAGAAGCUUUAGCGGAAUGCUAUUACAGCACGGAGUUGCUGACCUCAUGUGAUAUGGGGACCGAAGCCCAGCCAGACAAUUCCAGCGCUGUCAUUGAGGCCUGCUCGCAACAGCCGGGAGUCACAUGGUAUCGCCGCAACUACAACGACACGGGCAUCUAUAGUAACAUAACUGCUUAUCAGUUUGAUUUGAUUCAAGAGGCCAACGGUCUCGACAACGAACGCGGCAGCGUGAGGGCUGUUUCACGUUGCACCAUGGAUCCAACUUAUGGCACUUCAUCUACAGAUGUCACUUUUUACGAACUUUAUGCGUUACUGACAACGGCUCGAGUUUAUUAUCCACCAGAGCCUGAUCGUUAUUUGAUGCUUUCUUACUGGUAUCGCCUGUCUUUCGGUGCAUCAAGCACUCCCGCCGAUAACGUCUAUCCUGUAUUCAUCGAUCAUUACGAUAGCCAAGGGAACAUGAAGUAUACGAUCAAUAUGAUGCAGCUCUGGUCGGUUUACUAUAGUGAGGAGUGGUAUUACAAGGAGGUGAACGCGUUCCAUUACAAGCCCCAUCAGUGGUAUGAUCCAGAAGCCGAUGUUUCUCCGUUUGUUAGUUUUUCUUUUCUUUGCACACCACAGCGGUAGAUGCCAGCCGGACCAGCCCGGUGUCACAGCCUUAGCGCUGGACGCCAUCCAAAUUUUUGCCGUAAAUAAUUGUACAAGGUCAACCACCACACGCUCCACCACAGCCCUUUCGACGACCAUGAGUCCGGUAACGUCUACCUCCACUCAGCUUACAACUUCCUUGAACAAUGUCUCCAGUGCUCCAACCGAACUAUUGUCAUCAGAAGCUUCCACCACAUUCUCUUCUGUCUCUGUGGAACUGCAGAAAGUCACCAAUAAGGACACGUAUCCGGACAACAACACCUACUACAUGCAGUCGACACACAACGUGCUCGGCGUCAUUCAGGAGGCAGUGAGCAGUUGCUGCCAGCUGACUUUCAGCGAUAUUCUGACGAUCGCCAACUUCUUCCAAGAGUUUGCUGGAGCGGAAGCACCACCAAAUCUACCGGAAGGUGCACAAGAAGAGGCAGUCCACACACUGCUGCAGAUCACUGACCAAAUACUCUAUGCGGAAGAGGCUGCACAACUGAAAGCACCGGCAGCCAACAACGACGGGUACGACGCAGCAGCGACCGUCUACCAAGCACUGGAAGAUAUGUACAACAAUCUGCCACCGAACGAUGUACCAUACAUUUUCAACAGCUCAUUUUCGUUGACACAUAUCCAUGCCGUGCUGAUCAACGGUUCAUCCCAGUUUGAACAUUUUAAUUUGACCACAAAGCUGGAAGUUAGUGGGUUCAAUCGAGAAACGGGAAUUGCGGUUCUCGCGGAUGGCAGAUCCGCAACCGUGGCCAGUAUUGAGUUUAAUACGGAAGCGCUGCAAGAGGCCUUUGAAGAGCUUCGACAAAUUGCGAACACAACACCAGUAAAGUUUUCCUUUUCGCUGUCGGCGAUGCAGGCAUUCAAAUUUGCCAGGUUCAUUCCCACGAAUGAACUAAACGAAAGGUCAAGCCCGAUAGUUUUACUGGCAUCAUUGGACCACAGACUUAAGAGGAAAGAUAUAAUCACCAUUCGGCAUAACGUGGACGUUUUGUUUGAAUACCCAUCCGGAGCAAGGAGGCAACACCAAUGUAUCUUCCUAAACUACACGUCCAAAUACUGGUCUGAAGACGGUUGCCGGAUGACUGCUAAACAUGCUAAAUGGAACAGCACAACCGUGAAAUGCACCUGCGAUCAUCUAACGCCAUUCUCGCUUCUGCUGACGUUGUGUGGCAGCUUAUCGAGAUCCUUCGUUCCCAAGGAUAAACCGUUCACUUUGGAUCUGGCUGUUGUAACGACAGCCACAACUAUCGUGGCGGCAGCAUGUUGCCUCUUUGCUCUGUUAAUCAUAACGGUCAGAAUUUUGCGGCGUAGCGUUAUUUGGGACGAGAUGACAUUUACACGGACGGGUUUGUGGAUAGCGCUGUUCGGAAUGUAUCUCUUCACCAUUUUCUCCCAGUUAAUCGUUUACGCUCCUGAAUUGUGCGGACAAAAAUUUUGUCUGGCCAGUGGCAUUUUGGUACAUUGGUUUGUGCUGAUGAGCGUUGGAUGGACGGCGGUGCAAACAGUUCACCUCAUUCAGGCUGUACUGUAUCCCGAACAUUACGGGAGGAAAUAUCACCUCCCAGGAGACACAUACCAUGGAUGUAAAGUGAAAGCUGGGUUAGCCGCGACACUUGUUCCCAGCGUGUUUCCGCUUCUGGCCUCCAUGCCACAUUUUUCUGAGACAUUAACCACUUCGCUUGGUGGCUACGGUUAUGCAGACCAUGAGAAAUGGUGUUGGCUGGACGGUGACCAUCUGUGGAUUCCCUGGGUGACUUUCAUUGUGCCACUAUUGGCUGCUGGCCUACUGAACAUCGUUGCGGUGUUAAUAUAUAUCUACACAAUUAGGAAGCGUCGAAAGGGGUUCUCACUCCGCGAAAAUGAUAAAUGGAACGAUGCCGAUUCUGUCAAGCAUAGACUUUACGGCGUGAUCAUCAACACCGGUUUGAUGGGAUUGAUCUGGUUGAGCGUGUGGCUGGCGCUCUUCUCCUGCUUCAUUGACCAGACACUGCAGUACAUCUUCGUUCUGUUAUUGACUGUCGCGUGUGGAUCGCAAGCGGUGUACAUUAUCAUCUUCCAAGGGAUAAUUUCGGGCCGGAGUUCCAAGAACACAAGCAGCGCCUGAAACAGCAGCCGACCGUAUGCCACUGCGCGCGCUUAAUUUCCGGCCAGACAACGGGAUCGUUCACUUCCAGUUUGUCGUAGUGUCCAGUGAGAUCAUAUGUUGAUCCGAUGUGUGUCAUUAUUGAUCCGAUUCAUUAUUGUUUUAUCAUAUAUUGAUCCGAUUCUUCAUUGUCGCUCUUUUUUGAACACGUUUUGCCACUUUUUUGACCGCUUUUUAGCAGAGUGUGCCGCAAAACUUUCUUUUAGUGUUUCUUUAAACU